CUCCACGUUUGGUGUUGUUGUGAUGAGACCUGCUGGUGACUAUCUCCGUAUAAGUUAUUGUUACUCCUGAUAUUUGUAUUCGGUUGCAUCCGGAAAUAUUAUUCUGUAUAUAAGAUAAUUGCAGAGUACUGAAUAAUGCCAGCAACGCCAAUAUUAAAGAAACAGGCGCCUGCCGCGUCUUCUGCUUGUAAACGGGUAGUUUUCAACACAAGUCAAACUAUUCACUCUAUAAUACUGAAAUUUCGAGAAUCUGGUGAUUCCUCGCAUUUUUCUAGUUUGUUUAAUGACUUGUCAACUUCAGGGUCUAAGUCUGAGCUUUUAUUAUGGCUGUCUCAAAUGACAGAAUGUGUGCCAUUGUUAGACAGACAAGCUGAUAAAAUAGUCUUGCAGUUUUUGAAAAUUCCUUGGUAUAAAUCCAAGGAACUUGCAGCAGCUGCUAAGAGCUUUGUCAUCACUUUGGUCACAGCUCAUAAUUAUUAUACCUACUCCGUACUCAAGCAGCUGUUUACAUCCUUAAUACCAGAUGUUAAUGAGGAUGAUGAGAGCCUCCUGGUGAAAGCAGGGUUGUUGACUGAGGAGAAAGAAGUUUGCCAGCAAUUAAUCUUGACCUCUAUUGUUGCCAUCCAUAAUCAUGUACCCAUGUGCCGUGACACCUUGCUGGUGUUAGCAAGGAAAUGCAUGCCCUAUUUUAGACGACAUGUUCAUCAACAUGCAGUUUAUACUUUUAACUUGUUACAACUGGCCAACCAGCUUCCUCGCUUAAGAAUGGCUCUUCUAGAAAUUGUUAUCACCAACAUGGUUACAAUUGAUGUUCAUAUACCCCGCUCUGAGCUGGCUACAUUAGAUGAGGAUGAUGAUGAUGAUAGCAGUGAAGAAGAAGAUGUAUUUGAUAUGGAAGUGGAUGAGCCAAAGGAGAAGGAAGGCAAGGUUGCUAGCGAAUCAUCCUGUGCCAUGAAUCACAAGGAUGGGAAUACUCUGGACGUGCUCAUGGCUAUAAUGCUUCAGUAUGUUCAUGAUGUUUGCCAUGGCUUUAAUGAACCUAGAAAACCAACAGUACUUAGUGAAAAUAGUGCUGAUGUUAAAUCUACCCCACAAAUAAGAGAUAGUAAACAGUUGUGCCAGGCAGGGAGUGUCUCUCUCAGUGGUAAUGACAACAGUUUAACAGUUGGAUGUGAAUGUGGUGGGAGAGAACAUGAUUUAGCGGCACUAAAACUCCUUUUCACAGAUUUAAAAGAAGUGUUCUCCAGCAUCAUCUUGCGUACUUUUGCAUCAUGCCAUGUUCAGUUUUUAGUCUUUUAUCUUCUUGCCUUACGACCAGGCCUGGCUACUAUCUUCUUAGAAUUUUUAAGAGUUAAGCAGUUUGAGAAUCCUAAUUGUUCAAGGGAUGUGAGACAAAAUGCCAUGGCUUAUAUUGGUAGUCUCUUGGCACGAGGAAAAUUCAUACCAUUCAGUCAUGUUCAUUCGUGCUUGGAGGUAAUCUGCAUUUGGUGCAACACUUACCUUGAUAACCAGGAAAUGAUGAGAGCUACAAACUAUGAGGACUUCCUGCUUCAUUCACCAUUCUACUAUGCCUGUCAGACGGUAUUUUAUGUAUUUACCUUCAGAUAUCGAGAAUAUACGAAAGACAGCAAAAGGCUGGCAUUGGCACGCAGCCUCAACCUGGAGAGACUUGUUAUGAGCCAGCUGAACCCCCUGAGAAUUUGUGCCCCACCUGUUGUCAGCAACUUUGCAGCUGUUACUCGCCGUUUCCAACUAGCAUACUGUUAUACCAUUAUGGAGAAUAAUAAAAGAUUUGGGAUCCCUGCUGCAAGUGUAGAUGAACAUAGAUGUGCAGGCAACACGACCCUUAACAUGUUAUUUCCAUUUGAUCCAUAUCUUUUGCAAAGAUCUAAGAUCUACAUUGAAGACCAUUACAGAGAAUUUGAUGGUUUGCCAGAAGAUGUAGUAAAGAGUCAGGAGACAACCAUGGAUACAGAUGCUCAGGAUAUAAUUGUUACUCCAAAAUCAUUUGAUUUCUCGUAUGGUUCAUCACCUGGAUACAGAAAGUGGCAGGGUGGGUUCCUUCCUUCAGACCAUUUAGUGGAAGGUGUUUUUCCCUUGUGAGUUGUAGACUGCACAGCAACAGUAGAGGAGACUUCUGUAGAUUGUACUGUAGUUUUCUCGGUUUUGUUCAGACAUCAAUUAUUCCAUAUAUUAUUUUUUUAAGUUUCAGUUGCCAAUAUGGGUAUACCUCGAUUUAUAAUGACAUGUUCCAAGCAGUUUAAAUGGCUACAGCAUGUAGAAAUUAAAUUUUUUAUAAGCCACUUGCAUCUUUUGCACCUAGCUCCAUGCUUUAGCAAAACUCUCCAGAAAUUUCUUGUAUUUUCCAAGCAAUUAACCCUAUUUUGAGAUGUUAGGAAGUGACCAGCAAAUGAAAUGAGCAGCAGCAAUACAGCUAGUGGUAUCAGACUAUGUGACGCCAUCAUUUCAGAUGUUAGGUUGAAGGUGAUAAGGCAUUUUAAGGAUAAAUUUGUUUUGCAAAAUGUCAUUUUAUUAUGCGUUUUGAGAAGUUUUGGUUUUUGAAGAAUGCAUUUCCAAACUGGAUAAAUAUGAUUCAGUUUACAAUAGGGUUGUUAAGAACACAACCUAAAGUAAAUCAAGGUAUACCUUUAUUGUAUAUAGAUUUAUAUUCAGAGGUGUUGAACAUGUAGGUAAUUUAUGGACAAGAGCUGGGUUCUCAUGUAUUGAAUUAAAGCACAUGUUUUAAUGUGU